UCUAUUUUAUUUUAUUGAUUUAAGCGAAAUAAAAAGACUGUCAUAAGCUCGUAAAUUAUUACUUUUCUGUUUGUUUAACUGUCAGUGUUGACACACCACAGCACAACUAUGAAACGCGUCCUCUGUCUUUAACGCAUAUGUCAGUGGCUGUUACUUAUUACCCAGAGGGCAGUGGUACCAUACUGGUCAGGAAUUUGUACCAGCAAUCUUUCGACCAAAAACACACUCCCCUAACCAUUAGGCCGUUGUCUCUCAAACUGGUCAUUGGGGACCCCCCCCCCCAGUUGGUCCACGAUUUUGUUCAAUCCCAACUCCCAGGGAAUUGAGAGAGCGUAAAAAACGUGGACCGUCUGGGUGUCUCUGAGAACCGGUUUGAGAAACACUGCAUUAGACCGCCACUGACUGCCACUGUCAAACUGACCACAGAUGAAAGUGUCAAUCUUCCUACUUUAUUUUUUGCGUCAUUUGACAUUCUGCAAUGUGCAUGUGAGUGAAACGCUUGUGUUAAAGUCUCACAAAAGCCGCAAUGAACAGUACAAUUGGAGUGGCACAAGAUAGUGCGCAACUUUAGAGAUAAAUACAGAAAUAGGCAGUGAAUAGGUUUAUUGACCAACGUUCAGCAUUUUGAUGGUCAGCGACCAUGACACUGCCCUGCUAGUUAACAGUAAACUUGGAAAUGUUCACUGGUGAAUCACCAAAUUUUUGAUGAGUCACAGAAACGGUCAAUGAAAGCGAUAGAUAAGGCGAACCUGUGUGGUGUAUGACUGUAAACAGCAGCCGUUUAGCUUCGGAAACAUUUCUUCUGAGCAAAUUCCACAAAAAAAACGAGGCAUACUAUAUUUUCUGACUUUCCAAGAAGCCUGCAGCUUGGCCGUUUUUCCGUGGUGUGGCGUUUUUCCAUGUCGACCAAGUACCAGUGGCGUUAAAAUGUAUCAGUUCUGAGGUGUUCGUAUCUGGGCACUUUAGCUACGUAGUUUUGUACAGAAGAAAAACAAUCGAUACUAUUGAAAUAUAUGCAGCGGUAGCAAACCUCUACGCUGUUAUUUUUUUUUUCGAUAGGUGUACGAUGCAGAAACCAUAUAGCUGUUCUUACCACUUUCUGACAUAUAUGAAUGCUCUCUGCGAGUGCUUUAGUUGAAAUUUAAAAUGUAGGUUAAAUUCACUGCCUGCCGUUUUAAUAUCCAAUUUAAAUGCAGUUUUACUUAUAUGGUGAUAAUAUGGACAUUUUGAUCACUUCUGAAUGAUUGGAAGUGGCUUUUCUGACCAUGGCUGCUGAUCUGUUGCUUAUCAGCCCGCUGGCGAUGAGGGGCAGCCCGCCUGGAGCCUUCGGGGGUUUCAGUUCCAGUAAAAAUAGACCCAGGGAAACAAAAAGCGAUGAGAAACGGAGCCCCCGUUUGAUAAACCGUGCAGGUUGCACGAAAUAUGAAAUGUUACCAUCAGUUCAGUGCACAAACUGAAACGCCCCUUUUGAUUUCUGUGGAGGAAAGAAAGUGAAAUGUAAGUGGAGUCUUUCGGUGGACAAAAUGUAGCGAGGCAUUCAUUGAUUUCGUAAUUGAAUAAUGCUUUUUAGGGCACAAAAUGUAAUUUGUGCACGAAAACGUGCGCCUGACACUUGGCACCCCAUAAUUUGAGACGCAAACGAUUAUAAAUUAUAAUAUAGGCCUAUAUAUAAUAUAUAAAUUAUAAACGAUUAUAAAUAGCUGCAUUAAAAGAGGGCGUAACUGAAGAUAGUUAUUUGGGGCCAUUUAGUCAUCGUUGGGAAGUGGACGUUUCCUGUACGAUCUUCCUGUACUCUAUAUCGUAACUUUGAAUGUCUUAUUUUGUUGAAAAGUUAUGCAGACUUUGUCAGGGUCAGCACCUGACUAAGCCUGCCCUUCGUGUCUCCUCCCCGUUUGACCAGUAGGUGUUCCCUGUCUCUCGCCCAAGUGUGCCCCAAAGUCCCUAGUAUGUUUUCCCUGUUACCGGAGCACCGCAUGGCUCAGUGGGUUGAGCGUGUCCCCUGAGACCGUAAACCCACCUAUCACUGUAACCUAGAGAGUUGAAAAUGCACAGUUUGAAGAUGAAAGCCCGGAGAAGUUCAUGAUGAUGUCCCUCAAGUCUGCGAAAACGUGGACCGUUAUAGUGCUUCCACUGCUCCUCCUAAUGCUCUCCUACUGCUGCCUCGUCGUGUUCCUGGGCUACGGAAUCACCAGCCAGACCCCAGCCUCGAACAGAACCCUGUGUGACCUCUCCAGGAGAUGGGACAGCCUAAGCUUCAACGUGAGCAGGAACAGGCGGCUCUUCCUGAGGCUGAACAACCUCUUCUGGAAUCGGUACCCUUCCAGUUGUCCCCUUCCCUACGGCGUUAAGGAUAGUGAGAUGCUUAUCCUGAAGGUUCUGGCCGUCAUGUCCAACUUCGACAUGCCGGAGAGUGUCCAAAGCCUGGAUUGCAGGACCUGCGUCGUCGUUGGAAAUGGGUUUGCAUUGAAGAACAGCUCUCUAGGGGGUACUAUCAACAAGUACGAUGUAGUGAUCAGGCUGAACAAUGGCCCUGUGAGGGGGUACGAGGAAGACGUGGGGAACAAGACCACCGUACGCUUCUUUUACCCGGAGUCGGCCUCCCCGGACCCCAGCGUGGACAACGAGCCUGACACGGUCAUGGUGCUGGUGCCAUUCAAGAAACAAGACAUACUCUGGCUAAAGGGGAUCCUCUACGACGAGAAGAGGGAUCAGAAGGGGUUCUGGAAACCGCCGCCCCAGUUCUGGUUUGGCAAGACCAGUCAGAUCCGCAUCCUGGACCCAUUCUUCCUGCGCAGCACCGCCAAACACCUGCUGCAUAUCCCCCUCACCGUGGAUCCCAUGAGCAAGCAGAACCCUGUGCACCCCACCACCGGGAUUCUAGCUGUCUUUGUGGCCCUGAAUUACUGUGACGCGGUCCACCUGGUGGGCUUCGGGUAUCCGACGGCAAAGGAUCAGGACCUGCCCAUCCACUACUAUGGCGAAGACACCAUGAAAUCCAUGACCGAUUCGUACCACAAUCUCACACACGAGGCGGAGGUCCUGAAGUGGCUGGAAGAUUCCGGGGUCGUCCUGUCCCUGCGUCCCCACCGAUGACGAGGACACCACCUUGACGGCCCCGCGUCGUUUCAGUGUCGCCACGAAGGACGUUUCUGAAAAUGUUUUCUUCGCUAAAUUAUGAAUAGGUGCAGGACUAUGUGUAUUCUCUGAAGCCCCCCCCCCACCCCCCCAUCAAGAAGGGCAGACAUCCCGCUCCCAGGAUAUUAUGGGUUGUCCUCCUCUGCUUAUCACUGGUGAACUGGAGCUGCCAUUGAACAAAAGCCCUUCCUGGUACCCCACCAGAUGGUACCCACACUACCCAGAGAAUAAAGCUGGCAAAGCUGCAGUGUUGCAGAGUGACCACUAGGGGCAACCUAAUAUCUAUCCAUCCAUCCAUUUUCCAAACCGCUUAUCCUACUGGGUUGUGGAGGGUCCGGAGCCUAUCCCGGAAGCAUUGGGCAUGAGGCAAGGAACAACCCAGGAUGGGGGGCCAGCCCAUCGCAGGGCACACUCACACAUGCACACCUACGGGCAACUUAGCAACUCCAAUUAGCCUCAGGAUGUUUUUAGACUGUGGGGGGAUACCGGAGUACCCGGAGGAAACCCCAUGACGACAUGGGGAGAACAUGCAAACUCCACACACAUGUGACCCAGGCGGAAACUCGAACCUGGGUCCCAGAGGUGUGAGGUGCUAACCACUGCACCACCAUGCCGCCCCCACGUAAUAUCUAAAUGGAUGGCAAAUAUGAAGAGUGUCGGCCCUUGAGCCAGAGUUCAUGUCCUGAUGUUCGCCUAGCAAAUGUCUUGUUGUAAAGAUGGGACCUAUGACACUGGCACGUCUCAAUACAAAAUAUUUUAAAUGCCAAAACUGAGUGUGGGUCAUAAUUUGGACAAGGUGAAAAUUGAACUUGAAGUUCAGAUGUUAGACACUAGGGGGCGACAUACCCAUGAAAAACUGGUGGCGUGCAAAAGCUGUGCGUUCACAGAUAUGAACAGAAAUGUGUGCGUGUUACUAGAGUGUAGGAAAAUUUUUAUUUUUUUUCCCCCCAUUAUAUUUGAAACAUUUUAAAAACUGACUACAAUUUACAGCAUAUUUACACUUCAUGAUUCACCCGUUAUCCUGGCAUGCAAACCGAGUCGAGGAAAAACAAAGAAGGUUCGUUUGUACAAUUGGCACAUGGCUGCGAGGGUGAGCUGCAGCGGUACAGAGAUCAAAUCCACACAAGUAAAACAUCCACAGGCAGAAGCGGACUGAUUACGGAGACUGGCGGUGGCAGUCCAGUAGAGGGCGACAAAUUCACAAAGAUCACAGCGCCGCCGGCUGGCAUCCGCAUUAAGGAUCGGUAUUUUAUUUUUGCAGAUGUUAUCCCUGACAGAUUGAGCCCCCUUUGAUAGCCACAGUGUGUGUAUGGGGUUGAGACCCAUCCCUUUCUGAUACCCUAAAAACAGCCCCCACAGCUGUUCUGACCCCCCCCCCCCCCACCUGAGAAACCAUUUUGAACAAGAAAUAUCAGCAGUGUGACUGGCCGAUUCCUGAACUCAUGCAGUCGGCUGUGGAGAGACGGUAUCCUGGCUCCCUCAGCCGGGCUGUACUGCAGAACAGCCCCGGUGGCCGGGUCGGGUCAGAGUCCAUGGGGGAGGUGUGACUUUAGGGACGACAGGAAAG